CCCUCCCGGCUAUUCGUACCACUUUGGAGCACCUCGAAGGUUUCGGUACCUACUGGGAAAUGUAGUUCCGAGGAGGGGGCGGAUUCCGAGAGGCCGCAGGGGAGGCACUGCGCGUGCGCAGAUGCAGUCCAGCAGGGACGGGGGUCCCCCACCGGGAAAACGCUGGGAACGCUGGGAACGCGUCGGAUAGUAGCUGUCCCUGUUGAAGCCGUCAGCAGUGCAGCAGGGUGUGUAGAGCUGGUCAUGCCUCUGCGCCACUUGGUUCAUUUCCUACAGGAGUAGAAGAGCCUUCGUGAGAUUGCUGUCCUCACACUUGCUCGCCAAGAGCUGAGACUUCAGAGUCCUCAGGAGCUUCUUAGAAUGCACAUGGGGACCUGCUACACCCUGGUGAUGGCACACAGGGACUGUUUUGUUACUCCUGGUCUGAAUGACUGCCAAGGAGGAAGGCAAAGGUAGAGCCGUUGGAUCCUCGGCUCACUUCAUAGCUUCAGAUCUCGGAGCUUAUUAAACUCUUUCUGAGCCCAGGACAAAGCUCACUUGAACAGAUGACUCUGAGUCAUGAGUGAAAAAUCUUGCUCUUGCCAUAAUGAGAAAGAAUUAAGAGAUGGCCAGGUUGAAGGAGUGUCUGCCGGGUGCUCUCCACCACAGGACAAGAACAGCUGUGCUCUUGCGGCCUUUAAAGGAGUCCCUAUCUCAGAGCUGAAGAAGCACAGCAUCCUCCAGGCCCUUACUGCUGAUGCGGAUGAAUGGGAGCCAACUGUAAGCCCAGAGGUGCUCAGAGCCCAAGAGGAGUGGGAGGCUGUGGACACCAUCCAGCCAGAGGCAGGGAGCCAGGCCAGCUCAGAGCAGCCAGGGCAGCUCAUCUCCUUCUCCGAGGCCCUGCAGCAUUUUCAAACUCUGGACCUCUCCUCCUUCAAGAAAAGAAUCCAGCCAACCAUUCGAAGGACUGGGCUCGCUGCCCUCCGGCACUGCCUGUUUGGGCCUCCAAAGCUCCACCAGGGCCUUCGGGAAGAGAGGGACUUGGUCCUGACCAUUGCUCAGUGUGGCCUGGACAGCCAAGACCCAGUGCACGGCCGAGUCCUCCAGACCAUCUACCGGAAGCUGACCGGCUCCAGGUUUGACUGCGCCCUCCACGGAGACCACUGGGAGGACCUGGGCUUCCAGGGGGCAAAUCCAGCCACGGACCUGAGAGGGGCAGGCUUCCUCGCCCUCCUGCACCUGCUGUACCUGGUGAUGGACUCAAAGACCUUGUUCAUGGCCCGGGAGAUUCUCUGCCUGUCUCAUCACCAUAUCCAGCAAUUCCCUUUCUGCCUGGUGUCUGUGAACAUCACGCGCAUGGCCAUCCAGGCCUUGAGGGAAGAGUGUCUCUCCAGCUGUCUGGCCCGCAGGGAGUGUAACCGGCAGCGGAAGGUCAUCCCUGUGGUGAACAGCUUCUAUGCCGCCACUUUCCUCCGCCUUGCACACAUCUGGAGGACCCAGAAGAAGACCAUCUCUGAUGCAGGAUUUGUCCUCAAAGACUUGGAAGUGUGGGCCAAGAAGAACCCCCGGCGGUUGCUCAAGAGCCUGGAGGUAUACCUGGCCCAGCUGUCAGAGGGACAAGCCUCCCUGCUGGGGUUACAGAAGUACCCUGGGCCCGAAGGCCCUCACGACAAGGACCUCGCCUUCACGGGCUUGUGUGACCUGCAGCCUCGUGCAUCUGAAGACUCAGGGCUCGUCUGAGCAAUCCCAUGACAGGCGGAUAGCACCUACCUACGCGCUGGGCCGCAGGGAGCUAGGAGGGCAAGUGCCAAACCAUGUCCCACGCUCCCUGGUGGGCUGGCCACUUCCUGCCACCGCAGCUGAGGUUAGGACGCCCUGGGCCUGGCUGGAGAAACAGCCUCAGCCCGAAGAACCCAGCGCUUGAGCCCACCACACGGGCUGCCUGGAGCACAGACUUACUGACCAGUGUAAGGUCUCGUUCCCAGCAGGGCUCCAGGCCCAGGGCUGGCCCCAGGGAUCUCGGAGGGAGUGGGUGGGCUGUGAGAUGGGCACCCCGAUCCUGACACUUGUACAUUCCACACGGAAGGGGAGUCCCGACCCGGAGCCUGACUCCCCAGCAGUACCGGGCUCCUGGUGUCUGGUUGUGAAGAGGAAAAUGUAACAGUGGCCGCAGCCAGCAGGGGGCAGCACAGCCCAGGGGUAGUCGACGGCUUUUCCCACCCGAUGCUGGCCCCUCCUCCCCUAGUUCCUGCCUUGUGCUUUAGGGUGUAGCAAUGGGCACUAGGCUGGGCGCCCCCAGGGCUGCCCCAUCACAGUGGCAGGUCCUCCUGUGGAGGCUGCCCGGGCCUGAGGACGUUUUCUGGCCUGAGGGAAGGUAAAUUCGCUGCAGGGAAAUUCACUGCACACCAGCAGGUUUUUUUUUUUUUUUAGAAUAAAGGAAUUGCUGUACUCAUAA